AUGGACCACAUAAAUGAUCACGGCAUCUUUGAUGUCACCCUAAUGGGCCACCCGGAGGCACGAAACGUAGAUGAGUUGUGGGCUGGCAAGACGGAUAUCAAAGAACGACGCCGAUUACAAAACCGAUUAAACAGACGGGCCUACAGGAAACGCCAGACUGAACAGAAGCUACUUCGGAAGAGAACCAUGACUGAGGCCGGCAUUGAACAAGAAAACAGCCGUCAUCGAUGGUCCAGACUACCUGGUGUCGGCGUCUUUACCCUCGAAGCGAAAGACAGCGUGAUGUCAAAUGGACCCAUCACUUUGAGCUCCCUGGUAUCUGCUGCUGGGAAGCUCUCUACACGACACAACAUCACCGUGUCUUUCGGGUCGGUAAAGACGUCGAGUGAACAUCUUAACCUCAAGCCCGUGCAGUCGUGGUGUCGAAGAUUCGAGGAGACGAUGCUGCAUAUCGGUCCUGUAGGCACGGAAGUUCUUGAUGAGGACAUCUCGGCGAGAGAUUCAGACCCGGUCGUUUUCGAAGAAAGCAUCAUUCACGCUGUUGGCAUACGCUAUCACACUUUCAUACCUAGCCCGGAAGAUCAGCUCCUCAACCUGAUGUAUUACAAUGUCUUCCGCGGACUUGCAAAGAACAUCAGGGCAUUGAACAUGGAAAUGCACUUCAUGGCCUCUUGGGCCUCUGAUAGUCCUUUUAUCACUGGGAAAAUUGACACUUCUACCUUGGCACCGGACUUUCAGCCGACAUACCUACAACAAACGGUGUCGCACCACCCAUGCUUUGAUAUCUUUCCAGACUCCGUUGUGAGAGACAAUGCCAUAGAUCAUUGGUAUGUCCAGAAACACCCACUAGAGGGGAGAUUAUGUAUGGCGCUUGCCGGCAGGCAUACCUGGCAUGAGAUUGACCUUGCUCUGAAACAUGGGUGUGUGCUUUGGGGUGAACCGGAUGUCACGGAGAGUUGGGAGGUCACCCAGGGCUUUGCAGAUGACUGGCCGUUUCUUGUCAAAGGUGCUGUUCGAUUGGAGGCUGCAACAAACCGAUAUAGGGCGUUGCGAGGUGAGCAACCAAUUUUCUUUGCCUGA